UGAGGUAAUUUGCCUGUUUUAUUCAUAUUGUUUUUGACAACAUUAAUGGAUGAUAAAUUAAAUAUCACAUAUUUAACUCUUGAUGGGCACGUGGAUUUGUACAAAUACAGAUAUCUUUAUUUUGUCAUCAUGUUCACAGCUUAUAUUCUAAUAAUCUGCAGUAAUUCUACUGUUGUGUAUCUCAUCUGGAUUCAUCAAAACCUCCAUGAGCCCAUGUACAUUUUCAUUGCAGCUCUGUUAAUCAACUCUCUUCUUUUCAGCACUGUGAUCUACCCAAAGCUGUUGAUUGACUUUUUAUCUGAGAAACAGAUCAUAUCUUAUUCAGCCUGCCUCUUUCAGUAUUUUAUGUUUUACUCUUUAGGUGGUUCAGAGUUCUUACUGUUGGCAGCCAUGUCUUUUGACAGAUAUGUGUCCAUAUGUAAACCUCUGCAGUAUCCAGCUAUCAUGAGGAAAACAACUGUCAGUAUUUUCUUGAUGUUGGCUUGGCUUAUACCUGCUUGUCAGGUUGCAGUGUCAGUUGUGCUGAGUUCAAACAGAAAAAUCUGUAACAUUACUUUGAAAGGAAUUUUUUGUAAUAAUACAGUUUAUAAACUUCAAUGUGUGGUCUCAAGAGAACAAACUAUACGUGAUAUGUUAAUUGUGCUAAAUGUUGCACUUCUUCCGGUGCUUUUCAUUCUUUUUUCAUACAUCAGAAUAUUUAUAAUAUCCUAUCGAAGUAGCAGAGAAGUCAGGAGAAAAGCUGCACAGACCUGUUUACCACACUUGUUAGUUUUAAUCAACUUUUCCUGUUUGACUGCAUAUGAUGUCAUUAUAGUUAGACUGGAAUCAGAUCUUCCCAAGACUGUACGCUUAAUAAUGACUUUACAGAUAGUAAUGUAUCAUCCUCUCUUCAAUCCAAUCAUGUAUGGACUCAAAAUGAAAGAAAUUUCUAAACACCUCAAGAAGUUGUUGUGUUCCACCAAAAUGAUGUGAUGUAUUAACGCUGCAAACAGAUGUACAGACAUUCUGUAAUUUAGUCACAAAGAUACUUUCAGUGCAGUUUGAACAGUAAUGAAUAUUGUCAACUCCAUCAUUGUAAUGACUGAUGUUAUUGGCUCUUUAUUCAGUCACAGCACAACAAAACCUCAUCAUGACUAAUGCCAUUCACAUUAUUUAUAUUAUCAUCUGUGGGUCUAUUGAUUACAUUUAUAAUGGUGGUCAUAAACAGAAGACAAACAUUGUAAGUGCUGAAAAUGUCGACACUACACAGUGACCUACUGCUCUGGCCAAUCACAGUCCUUUUUUUCUGCCAUCUUGUUUUCAUUUAGAAACACAUUGGAUUCAUGUCAGUAAAAGUUUCAUUUUGAAAAGGGCCUCAUUCCUUUAUCGAACUGGUGGUGAUUGUAAGUUUAUGUGGUCUGAAACAAAACAAAAAUUGAACAAUAAACCACAGUUAAGGAUUUCUACUUCAUAAUGAACGUGUGGACCCUUGUUAUGGCUUCAUCUGCAGCCAAUCAUGAGUCAUGAUGCAGCCUGUGGCAGCAGGGAGCUGACUCAGCCUUUCACUACACAGUCCAACAGAAGGCAGAUGAAGGUUCACCGAGUACUGAAGAGGUUUCUCGGACAGUCUUCCCUGUUCCCAUAAAGAACAAUGGCAUUCAUUGUGGGGCUAAUGUCCUAGAAUGUGGAAUAAGCGACAUUAAAAAAGAUGGGAUUAAAGCAACCUUUUAACAGCAAAGUGAGAAACCAGAGAACGUUACUUGCGUAUUGAAACCCUAGAUUCUAUGAGUGUAGGCUUAACCCUGUAUAUAGUAUACAGUAUCCAGAGUCCUUCUCCCAGAAUAAGCCGGCUUUUUCUGCAGGUGGAACGUAGGUGGAAACAAUGCAGUUUAGAGGGCCACGCCUGCACUCACAGAAUCUGGGUUUAUUAUGUAACCAACAAUCUAUGCUGUAUAGCCUUUGCUGUCUAAGAGCAGUCACCAGUGAAGGUGAAGCUGGAUUGACCACAAGAGUCCACAAGUGCUAUAAGCACACUGU